AUGGUGUUGGCUCAUAAUGUUCAAAGUAUUAAGAGAACUGAAGAUAUUAAAAUAAAUAACGAAGCAACAUUUGGAACAUUGAUGCUCUCAAAAAAUGUAUUAGAUGGUUUAACAAGUUGUGGAUUUUACAAACCUUCCCCUAUACAACUGUUGGGCAUUCCAUUAGGAAAAUUGGGUUUUGAUCUUAUUUUAGAAGCCAAAUCAGGAACUGGGAAGACUGUAGUUUUUACCACUAUUGCCUUACAAAAACUUAAUCUUGACAGAGGAUUGCAAAUUAUCAUUGUAACCCCAACUCGAGAAAUAGCUGCACAAAUAUGUGAUGUUUUGAAACAGAUUGGGUGCCAUUGUACAAGACUAAACGUGGAAAUGGUCAUAGGUGGUCUGUCUUUUAAGGAGGACUUAGAAAAGUUAAAAAAUAAUGUACAUAUACUAGUUGGAACCCCAGGAAGAAUAAUACAUUUAAUGAAAGAGAAGCAUAUUGUAACAAACGAAAUUAAUCUACUAGUUCUGGAUGAGGCUGAUAAAUUAAUGGAAAAUAGCUUUGAAGAUGAUAUUCUAUAUAUACAUUCUGCUUUGCCAAGAGAAAAGCAAAUAAUUUUAAGUAGUGCUACAUAUCCUGAAAGUAUAGCUAAAGUGGUUAAUAAGAUAAUUAAAAACCCACAUCAUGUAUGUCCUGACACCAGUAAUGUUCUCCUUGGUGUAAGCCAUAGAGUUGCUUUUGUAAAAUAUAAUAGCAACAGUGUACGCCAAACUGAGAUAAGAUUUAAUGAGUUAACGAAAAUUCUAUCAGAGACAGAGUUUAAACAAUGUGUCAUAUUUUGCAAAUAUCAAGCGAGAGUAUCACAAUUGCACAAGCUGCUAAGCAAAGCUAAAUGGCCUGUAGAGCUUGUUUAUGGAAAACAAGAACAAACAACAAGAUUGGAAGCUUUAAAAACAUUACAGGAAUACAAAUGUAGGAUAAUUAUAUCUACAGAUCUAUUAUCAAGAGGCAUUGAUUCAAAAAAUGUUGAUUUAGUUAUAAAUUUUGAACCACCUGAUACAUGUGAAACAUAUUUGCAUAGGAUUGGACGAUCAGGCAGAUAUGGAUCUAUUGGCAUGGCAAUAUCAAUUUUAUGUGAAGGAGAGGAGUCGGUUACUUUUUUUAAACUUCUUGCACCAAUAACACAUACAGUAGAUGUAAAACAUUUUUGGAAUGGUGAGACAUUAAGCAGUAGUAAUAGUAUAACAUCAAAUAGGAAUGAAACUUUUGUAGAGAGUGAAAUAAUUAAUUCCAAUCAUAAUGAAAUAUCAGCGAGGAAUAGUGAUUCUGGUGACAAUUUCUGGACAUCUUUAGUAAGUGAUACAGCUACACAGAAUAUUGAAAGUUUUAGUCAACUUUGCAAUUCAUAUAGCACCAUUACUGAUAAUUCUAGAUUGGAAUCAUUUUCAGAGUUACUUGAUGAUUUCAUUCAAACUGAUGAUAUCUUACACAAAGAGUGUGAAUCCUCAAAAUAUAGACAGUUGGAAUUUAUAAAUUUUAAUUAUAAAGAUGGUUUUGAUGCAAUAAAGAAGUUAAAAGGAAAGUCUGAACCAUCUAAUAGUAUCCCUGAAACCAAGAAUGGGUUUAAAGAUGAAAUAACACCACAAAAUGGAAACCUUGUUAGUAAUAAAAUUAAUAGCAGUUUAGAUAUUUGUAAUGAAACUUAUUUGGAAGGACCACACAAUCAUAGUAAUCCACAAAGAAAUGAACAUGACUUUGAAUUAGAGUUGCCGAAAGCAUUUCAUGAAAGCAAAUUCAAUGGUACAAAGAAAAUUGCUAGAAAGAAGCAUAAAAAAGCAAAUGCUCCUGCUAAUACUAGACAUAAUCUAGUCUCGUUUGACAAUACUGAAUAUAGAGAUGAAGCAUAUAUUCCUGAUGAAAAAAAUAUACCAUCUACACAUGAGGACUUAAGAAACAGUAAUAAUAUUAAGAACAACAGAAAAACUUCUAUCAAUUCUUCAAAGGUAUCCUCAGCAGCUGAUAAAAGUAAAUAUAAAUGUAAAGAAGAAGAAUAUAAUAGAUGGUUCCUUCAACUAAAAUUAAGAAUGAAUCAAAUCGAAACUCUAUUGUAUAUAGAAGAAAUGAGUAAAUAA